AUGCAAGACUCCAAGGGAGAGACGACGCAAGAGGUGGGGGAGAAGAUCGAGGCGGGCGUCUCCCAAGAAGCCGUGCAGGACAGCAGCAUCUUGAAGGCCGAUCUGAGCGAAGAUGACGGCGAGGUCUUCAAGAGUCACACCGGCGUGGCCGAGUUUCGAGCCUUGGGGUGGAUCCGAGCAUGCAUUAUCCUCCUGAAGCUGUGUUUCGCCACGGGUGUUUUGGGGAUUCCCUACGCCAUGAAUGUGACGGGCUAUGGACCGGGCAUCUGCAUCCUCUUCGGCUGGGGAACCAUGACAACCUAUUACGCCUAUAUCAUGUACCUGUUCCGCAUGAGAUAUCGCGGCGUGCACAACAUCGCCGACGGCGCCGCCGUCAUGGGAGGACCCAUUGCUCGCGAGGUCGCGGGGGGCUUGUUUCUCUUGACGUGGAUCUUGGCCGCCGGCUCCGGGUUCAUUGGGUUGGCUCAAGGCCUGAAGAUUCUCGCCAACGGCAAGGCCUGCACGGUCGUCUGGACCAUGGUUGCGGCCGUCUCGACAGGCAUCGUCUCGAGUAUCCGCACGUUGGGCAAGAUGGCCGUCUUGACCUGGAUCGGGUUUGCUUCCAUCUUCACGGCCGUGUUUAUCGUGGUUGUCGGCGUCACUCAAGUCGACAGACCCGCCGCCGCCCCGGCCACCGGUCCCUUUGAUCUUGGUGUCAUCGCCGUCGGGUCACCAGGAUUCGUGGCAGGACUCACCGCGACACUGAAUCUCUUUUCCGGCUACGGAGCCACACCGACCUUCAUGCCCGUCAUCGCCGAGAUGAGGCGGCCCAAAUCCUUCCCCAAGGCUCUCUUCACCUCGCAAGCGACCCUGUCCGUCUGCUACAUCACCUUUGGCACCGUGGUAUACGUCUACUGCGGUCAAUACGUGGCCAGCCCAUCGCUCGCCAGUGCCGGCGGGACGAUUGAGAAGAUCGCCUUUGGGAUAUCGAUUCCGGGCUUCAUCAUGACCUCGACGCUGUGGAUUCACAUGGCUGCCAAAUUUCUCUUUGUCAAGAUCCUGCGCAACUCUCCUCACCUGCAGAGCAACAGCAUCGUGCACUGGAGUACCUGGCUAGGCUCGACCAUAGGAAUCACGCUAUUGUCAUUCAUCGUGGCCGAAGCGAUCCCCUUUUUCGGGUUUCUGCUCGGACUGAUCGGCUCGCUCUGCUGUGCUCCGACAUGUUUGAUAAUCCCCGCCUUCAUGGGCCUCUACAUGGACCGGGGCACGUACAACACGAGCUGGCGCCGCCGCACCAUCUGCGGCCUGCACGUUGCCGUGAUCGCGCUGGGCUCCUUCAUCACCGUCGCGGGCACGUACACGACCAUCAAGAGCAUCGUGGACGCGUACCGCGACGGCACCGUCGGGGGCGCGUUUAGUUGUGCCUGA